AUGGGUGGCCUGAAAAUGCCACCACAAACUCUACUCAGUAUCCAUGGCGGGAGAAGACCUUUCACGGCUCCAUUUUCGAAACCCACCUUCACAAUUCAACCAAAUUACACCUCUGCCAUUUCCACUGGUUUUACUACAAGAAAUGUUGCCCAUUUUUCACCUAGUAUAUUGCCGUGUGGAUAUUUCAUUUUGAGAGGAGUUCGGGAAAUGAGGUCUGGUGCGAGGAGUACACCAGUACAGCCGGUGACUGAGGAAUUGGUGGAGGAUAAGACUAAUGAAAACCCUGUAAGUGGGGAUGCUAUACGUCGUCGAUUUCUUGAGUUUUAUGCUUCACGCAGCCAUAAGGUUCUUCCGAGUGCUUCUCUUGUGCCAGAUGAUCCCACUGUUCUUCUGACUAUCGCAGGAAUGCUUCAGUUCAAGCCUAUAUUCCUUGGGAAGGCUCCCAGAGAAGUGCCUCGAGCUACAACUGCACAAAGGUGUAUUCGUACAAAUGAUGUAGAGAAUGUUGGCCGAACAUCCCGGCAUCAUACAUUCUUUGAGAUGCUUGGAAACUUCAGUUUUGGAGAUUACUUCAAGAAAGAAGCUAUUAAAUGGGCAUGGGAGAUUUCAACCAAGGAAUUUGGGCUGCCAGCUGACAGGUUAUGGGUUAGUGUAUAUGAAGAUGACGAUGAUGCUUUUGAAAUAUGGCAUGAUGAGGUGGGUGUUCCUGUUGAACGUAUAAAGAGAAUGGGUGAAGAAGACAACUUUUGGACCAGUGGUGCCACUGGACCUUGUGGUCCAUGCUCUGAGCUUUAUUAUGAUUUCCAUCCUGAAAGGGGAUAUAAGGAUACCGAUCUUGGAGAUGAUAGUAGGUUUAUAGAGUUCUACAACCUGGUUUUCAUGCAAUACAAUAAAAUGGAUGAUGGAUCGCUCGAACCCUUAAAACAAAAGAAUAUAGAUACUGGUCUUGGCUUGGAGCGUUUGGCUCGCAUCCUUCAAAAGGUUCCAAACAAUUAUGAAACUGACUUGAUUUAUCCAAUUAUAGAGAAGGCUGCAGAAUUGGCAAAUGUAUCAUAUGCUCUAGCCAAUGAUCAAACAAAAACGAGCCUUAAAAUUAUAGGAGAUCAUUUGCGUGCAAUUGUAUAUCUCAUAUCAGAUGGAGUGCUCCCAUCAAAUAUUGGUAGAGGCUACGUGGUUCGUCGGCUUAUAAGAAGAGCUGUUCGUACUGGAAGAUUGCUUGGUGUAAAGGGGGAUGGUGAGGAAGGAGCAUUUUUACCAGCAAUUGCUGCAAAAGUAAUAGAAUUGAGCACCGAUAUUGAUCCUGAUCUAAAGGCUAGCGAACAUCGCAUUCUUGAUGAGUUGCAAAAGGAAGAGCUUCGUUUUGUGCAGACACUAGAGAGAGGAGAAAAGUUGCUCGACCAAAUGCUUGCAGAAGCACUAUUAAAUGCUAAAAAAACUGGAGCUUUACCUUGCUUAUCUGGGAAGAAUGCAUUUCUAUUGUAUGACACUUUUGGAUUUCCAGUGGAGAUAACCACAGAAGUUGCUGAAGAACGUGGUGUCAAGAUUGAUAUGGAUGGUUUUGAAGUUGAGAUGGAAAACCAACGGCGUCAAUCUCAGGCUGCACACAAUGUUGUUAAACUUUCAGUUGAAAAUGGAGGGGAUCCUGCUGAAAAUGUUCGUGAUACUGAAUUUCUAGGAUAUGAUACACUUUCUGCAAGAGCAGUAGUUGAAAGCCUCUUGGUAAAUGGGAAACCAGUGAUACAGGUUUCUGAAGGAAGGGAAGUAGAAAUUUUGCUAAACAAGACACCAUUUUAUGCUGAAUCUGGUGGUCAAAUUGGGGAUCAUGGAUUUCUCUAUGUUACAGAAGAUCAAAGCAAACACACAGCUGUUGUGGAAAUUAAAGAUGUUCAAAAAUCUCUAGGUAGUGUAUUUGUUCAUAAGGGUUCUAUUAGAGAAGGAGUUCUAGAGGUCGGAAGAGAAGUGGAAGCUGCAGUAGAUGCAAAAUUGAGGCAGCGAGCUAAGGUUCAUCAUACUGCUACUCAUUUGCUACAAUCAGCACUUAAGAAAGUUAUUGGCCAGGAAACAUCACAAGCUGGUUCACUGGUCGCCUUUGAUCGUCUCAGAUUUGAUUUCAACUUCCAUCGACCACUUCUUGACAGUGAGCUGGAGGAAAUUGAGAAUAUGAUAAAUGGAUGGAUCGGGAACGGAACACUUCUUCAGACUAAGGUGAUGUCACUUACUGAUGCAAAAGAAGCUGGGGCCAUUGCAAUGUUUGGAGAAAAAUAUGGGGAGCAGGUGCGCGUCGUAGAAGUUCCUGGUGUAUCCAUGGAACUUUGUGGUGGAACCCAUGUGAGCAGCACUUCUGAAAUACGUGCCUUCAAAAUCAUCUCUGAACAGGGUAUUGCAUCUGGAAUCAGACGUAUCGAAGCUGUGGCUGGUGAAGCUUUCAUUGAAUACAUUAAUGCAAGAGAUUCCCAGAUGAAACUUUUAUGCUCCACUCUCAAAGUGAAAGCAGAAGAGGUGACAACCAGGGUGGAUAAUCUCUUAGAGGAGUUAAGAAUGGCAAGAAAUGAAAUUUCUGCUUUGCGUGCAAAAGCAGCAGUGUACAAAGCAUCAAUUAUUGCUAGCAAGGCAUUCUCAGUGGGAACUUCGAAAUCAAUCAGGGUCCUGGUCGAGUCAAUGGAUGAUUUUGAUGCUGAUGCACUCAAGAGUGCGGCUGAAUAUCUAAUGCAUGCAUUGCAAGAUCCAGCUGCCAUAAUUUUGGGCUCCUGUCCAGAUGAAGGGAAGGUGAGUUUAGUUGCUGCAUUUACUCCCGGAGUAGUUGAUUUGGGUGUGCUGGCAGGGAAAUUUAUAGGACCUAUAGCAAAGUUGUGUGGUGGAGGAGGUGGUGGCAGGCCUAAUUUUGCUCAGGCAGGAGGGAGGAAGCCUGAGAACUUGCCAAGCGCCCUGGAAAAAGCUCGGACAGAUCUUAUUUCGAUUCUAACUGAAAAGGCAAGCUGA